UUUCAAUUCAACAACUUCACAACAGAAAUUGCGAUAUGCAUAUCCUGUAUCUUCUAUCAGUUGCCCUGGGUCUCUGCGGGCAGCUUUUGGCUGCGCCCAUUAACGUCACUCCUACCAAUGGAUGUGACAUCUCGAAUGAGACCAUCCACCAGCUCCGUGCGCAGCUUAUUCCGCUUGAAUUUCAGCCAUUCGAGAACGAUGAGAAAUAUAGCGAUGCUUCAGACAAUACCCUCUCGAUUUCCAAAGUCGAAUGCAAUUUACGGUCUGAAACCGAGUCAUUCGGCUCAUCCGUCUUCUGUCUGAGAGCUGACUCUGCGAUUGGCGAUAUCUUGCAACCUUCCUACGAAACCGAGGUUACGCCUUUCGUCUCGCGGAUCAGAAAUAAGACGGUGACAUGUGACAUCGUCGAAUCCGAUCCCAACAUGGACUCCGAGGAUAUCAAGCUGCGCUGUUCGUCCGUUGACAGUCCACCGAGUUUAACGGACCGUCCCUGGGUACCGAAGCUCUUGAUCUUCGCGGUUUUCUGGGUGACUGGCUGUACGAUUCGGAAGGUUUGGGUGGACAGACGUGCUAGCAGAGCUUUACAGCAGGAGCAAACUGCGCCGUUUCUUGCGCUGGGUACGUCGGAGAAGGGUCCUGUGACAUCUGUUGAGGAUGUGGAUGACCUUGAUGAUAGUAACUAUCCGAUGGGUUAGGCGACUAUGUGAGUGGCUGAUGAGCCAGUUACUACUUGGUUUUGGAGAAGAGAAUUGGUGUCGGGGUAUUUAUAUAAUGGUGUACCGUGGAAAGAGUUAUAAAAGUACAAUUGUGACCAGUUAAUUUAUAACACUAAUAAUGCAACAAUUAAACCACCUAAGGCAAAGCCUCAUAUCCAAACUCCGUCCCCAAUGUCUCAUCCCUCUUCCCACCA